CGACACCAUGAUUGUCAUCUCUGACGCGACAUGUCAGCGUAUCGGUCAUUGGUUCAUUACUAGGCCGUUGGACGUGGUGGCUGUCAAGGGUAAACUUACAGCCGUUAAAAUCCACGAGUUAGUAUCACACAUAGAUAUAGCGACUCAGCAAAUAGUAAGUGAACACGUUGUGUAA